GUUGUCAACGAUCCGAGCGCGCAAUCAUGACGCGUUUCAUCUAAUUCCAGACAGAUUUCGAUCCCAGUAUUCUUCUUACAGAUCUUUAAAAAAUACAUAGAUUAUCUAGCUCUGUGCAAGGCGUUAGGUGUAGGUUCUCUCGCUGUCACCUGAUCAAGGUACAGUUUGUGCUUAAAUGAUACUGAGAGUAGGUCCGAUAUUUUGAUCGACUCGAUUCACUGUCCUUGGCUUGGCUUGUGCACGUCAAGUUAGCACUGCUAGCCUAGCUUCACCAGCGCACAACAGUGAAGAUGGCGACCUUAAGAUGCAUAAAUAAUAUGUAUGGCGUCUGUUUUCGUGCAAUUCGCUCAAAACCUGGUUUGAAAUCAUCAAGGCUUUUACAGCAGAGAGCGUUCAGAGUCAAUGAAGUCCAACACCAACAGCCUUUUGACUCAACCACAGAGAAGCCACAGUUUCCAGGAGCUUCUGCAGACUUUAUCGAGCACCUGGAGUUCAUCCAACCCAAUGUUAUCUCUGGCAUCCCGAUUUACAGGGUGAUGGACAGGGCUGGGCAGAUCAUAAACCCGUCUGAAGACCCACAGCUCUCCAAGGAAACAGUUUUGAACUUUUAUCAGAAAAUGACUCUGCUCAACACAAUGGACCGCAUUCUGUAUGAAUCUCAGAGGCAGGGUCGAAUCUCCUUCUACAUGACCAACUACGGAGAGGAGGGGACCCACAUUGGCAGUGCUGCUGCUCUGGACCCUAACGACCUGGUCUUUGGCCAGUACAGGGAAGCUGGAGUACUUAUGUACCGUGGGUUCCCCCUGGACAUGUUCAUGGCGCAGUGCUAUGCCAACGCUGAUGACCUCGGCAAAGGCAGGCAGAUGCCUGUCCACUACGGUAGCAAGGACCUGAACUUCGUCACCAUCUCUUCUCCUCUGGCCACGCAGAUUCCUCAAGCUGCUGGGGCUGCCUAUGCAGCCAAGAGGGAGAACUCAAACCGCGCGGUCAUCUGCUACUUUGGAGAAGGAGCCGCUAGCGAGGGAGACGCCCAUGCCGGCUUCAACUUCUCUGCCACUCUGGAAUGCCCUCUCAUAUUCUUCUGUCGCAACAAUGGAUAUGCCAUCUCUACCCCCACCAACGAGCAGUACAGAGGGGACGGGAUAGCUGCUCGUGGACCAGGAUAUGGCAUGAUGUCCAUCCGUGUUGAUGGCAAUGAUGUCUUUGCCGUGUACAAUGCAACAAAAGAAGCCCGUCGCAGAGCUGUUGCAGAGAACCAGCCGUUCCUCAUCGAGGCAAUGACCUACAGAAUUGGUCACCACAGCACCAGUGACGACAGCUCAGCCUACCGCUCUGUGGAUGAGGUGAAUUACUGGGACAAGCAGGACCAUCCCAUCUCCCGCCUGAGACACUACAUGAACGCCCACAGCUGGUGGAGCGAGGAGGACGAGCGGAGCUGGAGGAAGCAGUCCCGCAAGAUGGUGAUGGAGGCCUUUGAGAAGGCGGAGAAGAGGCUGAAACCUAACCCCGACCUGCUUUUCUCAGACGUGUACGAGGAGAUGACCCCCAUCCUGAACAAGCAGAAGGAGGCCAUGUGGAGGCACGUGCACCAAUACAAGGAGCAUUACCCCCUCGACGUGUUCGAAAAGUAAUAACCCUCAGAUGGGCCAGCUGUACAGACCAGAUAUGGGAGUGAGGGGUUGUUGGUAUAUUAGUGUAUGCAUAACAUUAUAGUUGGAAUUUUGAAUUUUCCAUGCUCUGUAUUCAGACAAAAUGUGGGAGUGAACUGAAUUAUAGUUUUCAUGUACUCCGUUAGAGGCCUCUGGCUUUUGUGCCUUAUAGAAUCUGCCAGUGGUUUCUAAAAUGUUUCAAGUUUAUCGAAUCAAUGACCUUUCUGACUACAUCUGAGCCUCAUGCAAAGCAGGGAAUUAGAAAGGUGUUACUUUUCAAAU